UUCGCCUAGUCACCAAAAGCAUAUGCCAACCAAGCAGGCUACAGUGUUAAAACAUUUUGUCACCUCAGACGAUCUGUCUUUUUUGUGUGUGUGUAAAAGUUCAGACUACUUUUCCUUACUAAAAUGGAGUCUGCUUUUGAUAACCUGGAUGCAGCUGGUUUCCUGGAAAUCUGGCAGCACUUUGAUGCAGAUGAUAAUGGCUACAUUGAGGGCAAAGAGCUCGAUGACUUUUUCCGUCACAUGAUGAAAAGACUGCGUCCACAGGAGAAAGUCACUGAAGAGGACGUCCAGAAUUUGAAGAAAAGGUUUAUGUCUGCCUAUGAUGUCACUGCUGAUGGGAAACUACAGAUUCAGGAGCUGGCCCAUAUGAUCCUGCCUGAUGAUGAAAACUUCCUUUUAGUUUUCCGCAGGGAAAAUCCUCUGGACAAUACUGUUGAGUUCAUGAAGAUAUGGAGGAAGUACGACGUCGACUGCAGUGGCUACAUAUCGGCUCAGGAGCUGAAGGCUUUCCUCAAAGACUUGUUUGAGCUUCACCACAAGGAAGUGUCACCGGACAAGCUGGAGGAGUACACUGACACAAUGAUGAAAAUCUUUGACAAAAACAAGGAUGGACGGUUGGAUCUGAAUGAUCUGGCCAGGAUCUUGGCUUUAGAAGAGAAUUUCCUUCUCCAGUUCCAAAUGGAUGCCUGCAGUAAAGAGGAGAGAAGAAGAGACUUUGAGAAGAUCUUUAACCACUAUGAUGUUAGUAAGACGGGAGCACUUGAGGGUCCUGAGGUUGAUGGCUUUGUCAAGGAUAUGAUGGGGCUGGUCAGGCCUAACAUCACGGGUCCUGAGCUGGACAAGCUGCGAGCCGUUCUGCUGCGUCACUGUGAUGUCAACAAGGAUGGAAAGAUCCAAAGGAAUGAGCUAGCUCUGUGUCUGGGAGUGAAGCUGAAACUUUAGAGACCUGUUUUGUUCUGCUGGAUUAUGAAACACUGACUCUGUAUGCCUUGUAUAGCCAAAAAUAAAUGAUAACUAGUGGAAUGGUGUGUUAUACUCUAGCUCAGUCUAGCUACUAAGUUAUUUAAGGCCAAUAUUUAUAGCCUAUUGAAUCCUGAUAUGGUAGACAUAAUAUGAUACUCCGUGAUUAAAUAAAAUUACACCUCUGACCUGAAAUUACAGGUUAUUUGUGCAUGAAAACAAUGAGGUUUGAAUGUUAUGUUGGAAUGAACAUCUGUGCCAUAAGAUCUGUGGUAUUUCAGUGUGCAGUUUCCUGUGAAAAUAAAUAUUUUUAUGGGGUUUUUUUGGGUUUUUUUGGAGUAUGUUAUGCACUUGCAUGUUCCUCUGCUUACAGAGAAAGCUAGUACAAAGUAAAAAAUGUUGAGAGCAUUUUUAAUGUAAGGGUCU